UUCAAAAUGGGGAUGAGUGGGGAUGGAGACGAAGUAGUAAUAAUUUUGCGACCAUCAUUAUUUAUCAUCGUCACGAUUCUCAAGUUGGCAACCCUAAACCUUCAAACUAGACACGAAAGGAAGCAAAUGCAAAUCUCCCUAUCUACUAUACUCGCCAUCUUCUCCAUCACACUAGUAAUUCUCACUUCACCAUCCACCUCUCUCUACUAUUCUCCUUCACCUCCGGCGGCGCCGUUUAACUCUUCUUCCCAUUCUUCUCACUCUUCUCCUCCUUAUGCGGAAUGGCUGUCCGCACACGCCACCUACUACACCCCCGCCAAUUCCACCGACGCGCUUGGAGGCGCCUGCGGCUACUCUGACGGCACUGGUGCGGCGGCCGCGGCGAUCCUCAGCCACGCGGUGUUUGAGCAGGGGCAGAUCUGUGGUGCCUGCUUCGAGCUGCGGUGUGCCGAGGAGGAUUCUCCGUUCGACCGUCGGUGGUGCAUCCCCGGAAGGUCGGUGAUGGUAACGGCGACAGACUUCUGUGCACCUAAUUACGGUGUCGACGCCGACGAGGAGAGUGGCGGCGGGAGGUGCAACCCUCCGAAGCAGCACUUCGUGGUCCCCGUUGACACCUUCGAGAAGAUCGCGAUCUGGAAGCAAGGGAACCUGCCGGUUCAGUAUCGGAGGAUAAAGUGCAGAAGGGAAGGAGGAAUCCGAUUCACGAUCGCUGGUUCUGGGAUCUUCAUUUCUGUGCUGAUCAGCAAUGUGGCUGGGACAGGAGACAUUGUUGCCGUGAAAGUUAAGGGUUCAAGAACUGGCUGGCUUCCUAUGGGGAGGAACUGGGGCCAAAACUGGCAUGUAAGCGCCUUACUACAGAACCAACCUCUUUCUUUCGAGGUUACUUCCAGUGAUGGUGUCACACUUACAUCUUACAAUGUUGCUCCCAAACAUUGGACCUUUGGACAAACCUUUGAAGGGAAGCAAUUUGAGUCUUAAACAACAAAACUUGUUUCAAGGGUAUUCUACUAGUCUCAUUCGUUUCUCCAUAAAGGACUAUUUUUUAUUUGUUAUAAUCAAUUAUAUUUAUUUCAACACUUCUCCCUUUGGAUAACUCUUGGGAGAACACCCAAACAUUUAUACUCUGUCAUAAAUGAUUCUUUCAAUGAGACUUGGGCAAUAUAAUUAAAUGAAGUGUUGCAGAUGCAAAGUGCAUUCAUGGGAAGCUGUCUGUCAAAGGGGAUGACAAAAUAAUUGGUUUCACAUUAGAGAAAUCACCUUGGCAUAAAACUUUUUAUAAAACGUUAGACUCUCUCAAGUCUCAACCAAAUUUCAGAGUAUGGUGCCCUCAAGGUCAAGGAGCUAUGCUUGCUAGUUACCAAGUACCAAUAUAUUAGUCCAAGUGGAGAACAAAUUGAAAUUAAGAAUCAUCAUCCUCAAGAAAUGAGAUAUUAAACAUUGUCGUAGGAUGGACCCUCCUGUUGUAACUUGUAAGUGUCAUAUGAAUAUAUAAUGAGUCUCAAUUUUAUGUCUACCAAUUUUGUAAGUACGAUUGUAUAAAUAUCAGUGCUUCAAUAAAAGUAUUCCCUUAUAACCCAAAAAGAAAAGGAAAAAUAAAUCAUCUCUUCCAAGAUAACAUAGGAAGAU